AUGCAUGGCGGCGUCGAAAGAACCCGACGCGCGGAUUACAGGAAAGGACUGGGCGGCACAGGAGCGGCUUGCGUGCUGCAUGCCUCUUUACCCAACGCCGGCCGGCUGGUUAUACCUCAAAAUGGCGGGAUCGCUCCCGUCCGCUGGCUCCACACGAAGACCCUUGAGCUUCAGCAAGCCACCAAACGAAAGCAUGCAAUGUGUGCGCUCGUAGAACAAGGGGCUUGGGGACUUCUCUGCCCCGUGCUAUCAACCACCUUGGUCGAGUCUCACUUACGGGCUGCUUCAUUUGAAGCUAUGGCACGCGGGUCCAAAGACGAGAUGACGCUUGCAACCCGCAUCAGCACAGGUGCGCCAAGGAGAAGGAGAGCAUGGCAGAUUCCGUUUGGCUGGUUCUUGGAGCAAUGCAAGUCCCGGCCGGCAUACAAGCCCUUCUGA